CAAGAUGAACCUUAGCGGCUGCUGUUAACUUCCGGGGGUACCAAUAUGGCGCCGCACAGGAACCGGAAGUGGUAAUCGUCCAGCGCUGACUGAGCCAUUGUGUCGGGAGGAAGGAGUCAGGUGUGAACGACAAUGGCUUCCCGUGCAGGUCCCCGGGCAGCCGGGACAGAUGGAAGUGAUUAUCAACAUCGAGAGCGGGUAGCCAAUCAUUAUCAAAUGAGCGUAUCUCUGAAGAAUGAAAUCAAGAAGCUGAUCUAUGCCCACCUACUCAUCUGGGCAUUGUUGGCAGCUCAAGUGGUUGUGGCCCACCUGAAGCUGGUAUCCCAUAAUUUGGUGGCCAUGCCCUACCAGUGGGAAUACCCAUACCUCCUGAGCCUCGUCCCUUCUCUCUUUGGAUUGUUCUCCUUCCCUCGGAAUAACAUCAGCUACCUGGUGAUCUCCAUGAUCAGCACCGGCCUCUUCUCAAUCGCCCCCUUGAUCUAUGGAAGCAUGGAAAUGUUCCCCAUGGCCCAGCAGCUGUAUCGACAUGGCAAAGCUUACCGCUUCAUCUUUGGCUUCUCUGCUGUCUCUGUCUUAUACUUGGUUAUGGUCAUGGCAGUGCAAGUUCACGGCUGGCAGAUUUACUACAGCAAGAAGCUCCUAGACUCUUGGUUCACCAGUACUCAGGAAAAGAAGAAAAAGUAACCAGAAAGAGGAAGGACUAUAGAGAAGGACAUGAGGUGCAUGAUGUAACUUAAUGGAAGAAUGGCCCAUAGUACAAGGGGCACGUCGGAGGAAGGGCAUGGGCACUCCCCUACCACACAAGGCCAUGAUUAAUUUAAAGGCGCUUUCACUUUUGCAAACCCACACAGAUCAGGCUUUAAAUUCUUUAUUGGUAUAAGGGAAAUCUCUGUCUCCAUCCGUCUGUGCUUUAAUUUGUAUUUUAAGAAUGUCUAUGUGAAAAUAAAUUAAAAUCUUGUAUAAAAACGAAUCCAGAAUGUAAUGUUUUUAACACUGUUAGUGGAAUUUGUCAUUUUCUAGUAUAGAAGAUCGUACAACAUUCCAUUGAACAUGACGACUGGUUUUUCAUGUACAUAAAAAGUAA